AUGAACGAAAAUGAAAAUAUCCUUAUGUCUGAUAAUAGUUUCAAUUAAUAAAAGUUUUGUAUUACACCAUCAAAACCAGAAAAAAGAAUUAGAGAGAACUAUUUAUUACAAACUCCUAUAACUCCUAAUGUAUAAAGAACUUUAUUCACUAAUCAUAAAAAUCUAUCUGCUUCUAAGUUUAUAAUUGAUGAAUAAUUGGUUGAUUAAUAAAUUUCAUAAAUUGAAGUUGAUUAAGCGGUAGAAUUGAUCUAAGAAAUUUGCUUAAGAUUUAAUCUCACAUUUUCAAAAUUUUCUAUUGUUUCUUAAGAUGUUAUUAGACUCAUUUAUUUAUUUAAAGAAAUCAAAAUGAUUUGUACAUAUCCAAUAGAAAAACUUUAUGAUUUUUUAAAUGUAGUUUAAAUGAGAUACCCAAACUCAAUAAGUUUAGUUAUUUCAUCAUAGAAAUUACCAAGUAUUUUAUAAAUUAAUGAUAUAUUCGAACUGAGAUAGAUUAAAUAAGGUUUAGUAAAUAUUACGUAUUUAUAAUUGUAUCGUCGUGAUUCAGAUACAAUUAUGUAAAUUUUAAGAACUCUUAAUGUGAAAUAGGCAUUCUAUUUUGAUGAUGUCGAAUAAUGCCGAUAUUUGCUUUCUGAAAAUAUCAAAUAACAUAUAGUUUGUAACAGAGGAGUUUUACCUGCUACAAAUAUUCAAGAAUUAAGAAAUUAUCUUUCUAUUUAGACAUCCUAUAUCGGACCAACUUUAGAUAUCGGUCAUAUUUAAAGCGAAUACAAACCAAAUUAUCAAUUAAAUAAAGUUAUAUUUAUGGAUUCAGAAAGUUAUUCAAGAAUGCUCACUAGAUUAGAGGAAUAAAAUUUAUAAACUGUAGCAUUAAAAUUUUAAAACAAUAAAAAUAUAACAACUUUUGAAGACUUUUGCAUAAAUAAUUAGAUAACCUGUAAAUAUUAAGCUAUUUCAUCUUCUGCAGAUUUGAAAACAUAAUAUGAAGUACUAGUUCACAUAGAUUAAGUUAAUAGUUUGUAAGCUUAUUUAAAUGAUUGUGCUUUUUUGAAUAAGGACUGUAUUAGUAUAGUUUAUUUGUCAAAAGAAUAAUAUUUAAUAAAAAGAAAAUCCUUAUUUUUUUAGUAAACUAGUUUAGAAUUAUUGGAAGCUAUUUACAAUUAAUUAUGUUUAAAUUAAAAUAAGGUAAAUUUGAAUUAAAUAAAAUAAUGGUUUAUGAUUGAUAAUCCAAUGAAAUUAAUGAAUAUGUUGGAAAAACAUUAAUUGAUCUAAAUUGAUACAAUUAUACCAAUGAAAUGUUCAGUAUCUAUUGAUACAAUGGCAGAUACAAAUUCAGAAUAGAUUAAUUAAUUAAUAAAAUAUGUUAAAUUGCAUAGCAGAAGAAUUAUAUCGUUGAGAAAAGAUGUUAGUACAGUUAAACAUUUUGAAAUAGAUUUGGAAGAUGUAGCAAAAUUCAUGAAUAAAUCAAUAAUAGAAUUAUGUAUUUAGAUUGAGUCAAAAAAUAAAGUAUUUUUAGAACCUGAAUUUUACGAAUUUCUGAUAAAUUAUCAAAUAAGUGAUAAUCAAUCGCAUUUUGCAAAUAAUAAUAAAAUAAAGAAUUAACUAUUUUAAUGUGCAUAGGAUAUUACAAAAAUAAAAUAAUAAUAAAUUUAAGAAUUAGAUAUUUGGUUUUGUCUUGGUUAAAUGUUAAAAAUAUCAUCAUUAUCUAAAUGUAUAAAUUAUUAUUCAAAUCAAUAAAAGUUUGCUGAGAUUGUUGAUAAAUAUUUUACAACAGAAAAUAAAUUAACGAUAGGUGAAUUAUUUUAACAUAAUCAUCUCAAAUAUAUGCCAAUCAAAACAAUUGAAGGAUUGAGAGAGAAAACAAAAAUUAUUACAGAUAUUAGAAAGAUUUAUCAAAGUAUUGUAAAAGAUAAAGAUAGAGAUAUGUUAAAUAGAAUACCUAUUAAUAGAAGAGUUCACUUCGAAUUAACAAAAUAAUAUAUCUCAUAUGAUUUAGAUUAACUUUCAGAUUUAGUCAACUAUUAUAUUGAUUAAUAGAUUAAGUAAACAUAAAAAUAUAGAAUAAAAGGAUGGUUAAUAGAUUUACCAAUAAAAAAGGUCAAGUUUUCAUGA